AUGAAGCUCCUCGUAGUUCUUCUGGCUCUAGUAGGCUUGUGCGCUGGAAAUGCCCUGCCUGUGAUACCAGGGGACAAUAGUCACUAUGUAGAGGGAGAAAGUCGCUAUAUUUGGAUGCCCGAUGGCGAUGGUAUACCUCAUCUUGUUGAUCUAGAGGAGCCAGUAGACGAACUGACGUUCGAUGCUGCGAGUAGAAGUGGCUCAAACAAUGCAUACUGGUUGUUUACCAGACGAAACCCCACUAACCGCCAAGUCUUAGUAAACGGUAACGCAAACUCAAUCCGCAAUUCCAACUACAACGGAAAUCGACCAACAAAAGUCAUUGCUCACGGAUGGAACAGCAAGGGAAGUUCGGACUUGAAUCCUGCUAUUACAGCUGCAUUCCUCGCAAAUGGAGACGUCAAUGUGAUCGUACUCGACUGGAGCAGAGCUGCCAGUGGAACGUACACCCUGUCCGUCCGAGCAGUUCCAGAUGUUGGCAGGCAAUUGGCUAACUUCCUGCAGUUUCUGUUUAACACAGCUGGCGGAAAUUGGAACAACGUACACUUGACUGGACACAGUCUUGGGUCUCAUGUUAUGGGGAACGCUGGCCGCUUUGCCCCGGCCCGGCCUGUUCGUAUAACUGGUAUGGAUCCAGCUGGUCCUCAAUGGGGUGGUAAUUCAAAUGCCUUGAACCGCAACAACGGUGUAUACGUCGAGUCGAUCCACACCGACGGUGGUCUCCUCGGUAUCAUGGAUCCAAUUUCCGACGCUGACUUCUAUCCCAACGGAGGGAGAAACCCUCAGCCCGGCUGUUGGACCAGUGCUUGCUCGCAUAGCCGGGCGCAUGAGCUUUUCGCCUCCAGUGUCAGAACGAACCACUUUGUUGGAAGGCGCUGCAACAAUCUCACUCAGGCCCGUAACGUCCAGUGCACCGGAGCUACACUCAACAUGGGCAACACACAACUAGGAAAACGAGGGUCUGGUCUUUUCGGAUUGCGGACUGGUUCCAGCUGGCCUUUUUAA